AUGGGAGGAAAAGCAUCAAAAAAGCGAAGUGCGGGAUCUACCCACCAUCAACAGUCGGGGGGCGCUCCCGUGGUGGAACCGUUAGCGUCGGGUGAUCAAAGCCAAGCUGGGCAGUCCACCGAGCGAGAGAGAGUUGAUUCAAACAUGCGUGAAGAUUACACUGAGAGUUCCGAAGCUGCUAUUUCUUCGACGCAGGCGAAACAGAAAGAAGUGGUCGAGGCGAGUAACGAACACGAGGAAGCCGCGGUUAUAACCGCAACAGAGAAGAAGACGCCCUGUGAACCUCAUGAUGGUGAAGAGAUGAUCGAAUCUUCACAUGGGCUUGCGUUUCGGAAGAUCUUUGUUCAGUAUAUUCCUGGUAAAUCUCAUGCUCUCACGGAGUUUGGAGCACUUCUUUAUUCUAGUCAGGGUGGUCAUGAGUUCAGGACCCUAGAUGGCACCGGACUGGCAAGAACUGUUGGGUUGAGAAACUGUGAUGAACUACUAAGCAUCAAUAACCUGCAGUCAGACAUAAGCCGUGCUAACCAGCUAGCAGUUCUAGAAUGUUUCUCAGAUAUUGGCACUCAGAUUGGUUUGGUUAUUAAGAGGAAACAGGAGGAAACGUGGCUGUUUGCUUUUCAUCUCAACGAAAAGGGUAACCGGCCAGUUGUGGAAAACAUAUUCAGCAAACAAUUACCUAGCGAAAGAUUGAAGAACUCGUGCACACCAGUCAUUCCCAGGAAGAGUGCUUUCAGAGUGAAUCUUGUCUAUUCCUAUGAUUCUUCCCUUCAAGUGCAAAUGAUACUUCCACAAAAACAAGACAGAUUCAUGGAGAUCGACAACGACAAGGCGACCUACGUUCUAUGUAAAAAGACCGUGACUAUCAAUAAAUACGAACGGAUAUACGAUAGUGAAGUUGAUGGUACUCCAGUCUCCAUCUCAACACCAGAAUCGUCCGAUGAUAGUCCGAUGUGCAUUGAGGCUGACGAUGAUGGUUCUCUUAGCGUAGUCCUCAUCUGCAAUACUUUGGCCGAGGAUUGUUGCACUCUCUGA